AUGGGCUUCUGCUCAACAUCGUCCACCUCCUCUCCGUUUGAUGGUCCUGUUGUUGUUGAUCGAAUGGGUUUCCUACGGUCACCACUCCGCGCUGAGGGACCUUACCUGUGCUCACUACCAGCUCAUGCUGUUACAGCCGGUUCUCAUUAUGACACCGACACUGUGUAUCAGAUCGAAGGAUAUGCAGCACAACUCUUGGAUGAUCUUCAGCUGGGGUAUCAGGGCAUUCGGCUUGUGUGA